UACAAAAGAGUUAUGAAAUACAAUUCAAGGGUCGACUUACGAUGAUAACGGAUCAUUCAGAGUUCUUUACAGCACAAGUCGGGGGCUGGUUUAAUCAUUUUCUUAAAGCUUUUUUUGUUUACGUUGCUUUAUUUCAGAUAGAAGUAGUCCUACUGAAGUCCUUACAAGACCUAGGCCGUUGACUCCGCCAUCGAUAGAGUUACCGUCAUGUGAACAUGCCUACCAAGUCACAGAUGACUUGGUAACAGAGACAGAGACAGUUGCUCUGGCAUCAUCGACAGUGCCCGUCCAUUCAUUAGAGUCUGCAGCAGAGGAGACGAUGGGAGCCUUAGCCCCACAAGCAUUUCCGGCAAACGUUGUCCAAGAAUUGGUUCCAGGACCUUUAGCAGAUCGAAAUAUGCACCAGCGUUCUGGAAGCGUCUAUAUCAACAUCAACAAUAUCAGAGUCAUCAACAAUUCCCAAGGGAAUAAUCCUCAAGGAAAUGCUGCUGCUCCUGUUGCAAUUGCUUCAAUAGUACCUCCUACGCUACAGCACGAGCUGCGUUGCCGGUUGAACAGAGAAAGCCCAGCUUUUGAGGACUGGAGAGGUCUUGCCAUUCAGCUGGGACUUGAAGAAUACAUAAAACAUCUGGAGCAGUGCAAGAAUCCGACUGAAGAACUACUCGUUCUUGCAGAGAGUCGAAAGAAGAUUCAGAACCUUGGGGACUUGGCCAAGGCGUUCGAACGCAUGAAUCGUGGGGACUGUCAAGAGCUCUGCGAGAACUAUGCGUUUAAAAGAACAAAGUCAGCUGAUCCUCGGAAGGAUCAAAAGGAAGAUGAUGACACAGACACCAGUGAUUAGGGAGCAGGCUCAAUCUGUUCCAUAUCACCCUUUAAAGAUAAGGUUGAGUUCUGGGAAGAGGUGAAAAAUAAUUAUUGAGCCUUAUCAUUCUUAUUAUGCA